UUUUAAAAUUUAACUAACGUGACUGUAGCUAACCCUACCGCAGUGUACUUCACAAACACACAGAGCAGCAUUUCAAUGAUUUCAAUAUUCAUAAGCUGUAGAGGUUAUAGUAUGAACACACUGCACGGUGGGUCAGACAUUUAAGAUGUUGAGCGUUGGGUCUAAUCAAUCUUUUGCUCUAGUAAAGACGACAAUACCACUCAGCAGCUGAAGCUGAUCAGAUUCAUCACUUGAAUGAGGAUCUUGUGAUGCUGGACUGCAAUAGCUGUGUCAUUCUGUGGAAAAGGAUCCAGAGAUGAAGAUCUGAAUUCAUUCUCAGAUGUUAUGCUGUGCCAAAGAAGGACUCGUUCACCUCUCAAACUAAUGCAGAAAUGCUUUUAAAACUGUUUAAAACUGUCCACCCACAGACAGACAAUCUGGGGGCGUCAUAGAGGCCAGUUUGAGACAAGAAUCUUUUAUAUUUAUAAUACACAUCUAGAGGCAUAGUUUGGUCAAGAUGUUCUCCGCUCUGAAGAAGCUUGUCGGCUCUGAGCCGGCUGGUCAGGUAAAGGACAAGAACAUCCCUGCUGGUCUACAGUCUAUGAACCAGAGUCUGCAGAGAAAAUUCGCUAAAGGGGUUCAGUACAACAUGAAGAUAGUCAUUCGAGGAGAUAGAAACACAGGAAAAAGCACCCUGUGGCACCGGCUGCAGGGUAAGAAGUUCCAGGAAGAGUACAUUCCCACUCAGGAGAUCCAGGUCACUAGUAUCCACUGGAGUUAUAAAACUACUGAUGAUGUGGUGAAGGUGGAGGUUUGGGAUGUGGUGGAUAAAGGCCAAAAAAUCCCCCUUCCUGAAGGUGUAGGAAAGGGGAAAAAGAGAUGUGAAAACUUGAAGCUGGAAAAUGAACCUCAGGAGCAGACGGAGAGUGAACUGGCCUUGGAUGCUGAGUUUUUGGAUGUGUAUAAGAACUGCAAUGGUGUGAUCUUGAUGUUUGACAUCACCAAGCAGUGGACUUAUAAUUACAUUCUGCGGGAGUUGCCCAAGGUACCCACUCAUGUGCCAGUGUGUGUGCUGGGGAAUUACCGGGACAUGGGAGAACACAGAGUCAUUUUGGCUGAUGACAUCCGGGACUUCAUCGCUGGUCUUAACAGACCUCUUGGCUCCUCUUACAUCCAUUAUGCAGAAUCAUCUAUGAAGAACGGUUUUGGUUUGAAAUAUUUGCACCGAUUUUUCAACAUUCCAUUUUUGCAGCUUCAGAGAGAGACCCUGUUACGACAGCUAGAGACCAAUCAGCUGGACAUCGAUGCCACGCUAGAGGAGCUAACAGUUCAGCAGGAGACAGAAGACCAGAACUAUGAUAUUUUCCUGGAAAUGAAAGACUCUCGUAGUAAAGGCUACAACUCUCCCGGUCCCGCUAACGGACAGAGCCCCUCCUCAGGCACGCAGUCUCCCGUCGUUCCUCAGAGCGGAUGCUCCACUAGCAGCUCCAGCCCAUGUAGCCCCCAGCAGCCUCCCAUUCCCUCCCAGAUCCUGAAGUCUCCAUCUCCCUCUCCGUCCCCUCCUCCUCCCCCUCUCUCCUCAACCCAAGCGCCUACGACCUCUCCCUCUCCAUCCCCUUCUCCUGCUCACCCUGGCCUGACGGUCUCUGCUCCAGCUCAGGCUUCUGCCUCUGCUCCUCAACCCCAGAAACGCAGCUUGAUCUCCAGGCUUUUUGGCUCCUCUCCUGCCCAGGAACCUCCAGCAGUCUCCCAGGAGCCAGAUCCAGUAACUGCAGCGACUCCGCCUACAGUUCAGAGCGUGGAUGAUUUUGUGCCAGACGAGGGACUUGACAAAAGCUUCUUGGAAGACGGUCUGCCUUCUAACGCAAGACCAGCUAUGAACACCCAGCCCUCUGCUGCGGGUACUGCAGAUAGUGACAGUGAUGGGGAAGGAAGAGAAGGAAACCCCAUGGUCGCAGGGUUCCAGGAUGAUUUGGACCCUGAUGAUGCAGAACUUGAACCUAGAGCUUCUAUUGUCAGUAAAGGCUUGGAUAUCACCCUCUCCAGUGAUGAGGAGGGUCCAAAACCUACUGUAACUCAGGAUGAAGAUCUGGAUCUAGAACCCCACCUGGUGACUAUGGAUUCUUUAACACUGGAGGACAAACCAAAACAUAUCCACAAAGAGCCAGUGAUCCAGACCCAGGAGAGUGUCAGCAGUCAGAACAUAGAAACUUCCAUUCUCAGCCCCAUUCCAGUACACACUACUCAACCGCUGCAGACAGCGUCGGAUGCAACAGCCCUGACAGAUCCUCAAGCACAGGUCAUAAAACAUAAAGAGAGAUCGGCUCAGGCAGAGUCCUCUGACACAGAUCCAGAUGUACCUGUGGCCAAACAGAUGCUUUCAUUUGUCAUGGAUGACCCUGACUUUGAGAGCGAGGAAGAAGUCAUGCAGAAAGUGAUUAAGGACUCUUUCCCAGUUAGAGAUGAUAUUCCUGAUAUAUCCGAUGAUGACAUCAACGCAGCUAAAAUCCCUGAGCCCAUGAAACCUACUGUACUCUCCUUCAAAAGCAAGAAUGACGGUGACCUCUUUGGCCUAGGAAUCGAGGAGAAGUCAAUCAAAAGCAAAGACAGCAGCGAUGAGCAAGAUGAAAAAGAAAGCAAACAUUCCAAGGAAAAGAAGAAAAAGAAAAAAAGGAGUAAAGAGGAUGAUGACAAAAGUAGCAAGAAGAAACACAAGCACAAGAAAAAGGAAAGAGAUGAGGCAGCUGGGGUAGCAGAUGAAAAGGAGAAGAGAAAGAAAAAGUCACGAAGCAAGAAAACUGAUGAUCUUGAAGCUUUUCUGGCUGGAGAAGAAGGCCUAGCAAAAAGAGAGGAGGGUGACUACGAGGAACUGUAACGCUCUCUCUCUCUCUCUGCUAAAGCAAUGUUUGUGCAUUGGUACAACAAUCUUGAAAGAGUUCUCAUCAAAAACAAAAGCUUUCUUUAGCAGCCCAACACAUGACUAUGUAAUCUGACUGACAGGCUAAGAAAUGCUUAACACUGGUUUUCCACUUUUCACAAACACUUCCCAAUCCACCUUCCAUGCCUGGAGAGGUUGGAAGGGCUGGCGUAGUUCACACUCUUUGGGCUCAAACUGCAAUAAGUGGAGAAGCCAUGCAAAACUGCUACAUCUUGCAUGUAAUUUGACCUUUGUACUUUGUUUUUCAGAUUGAAAUGGACCAUUUUCACUCACUCGUAACAUUGUGCUUUCUGAAUGUUUACAUGCUUGCUUUUAUAUGGUUGCAAUAUUUUCAACAUCACAUAUGUGAACCAACAUAUGUUUUUCAUUGAUUUUAUUAGUUGCCUUGUGUAUGUGGAUGAAUUGGUAUUUAUGCUCAAUAGAUGUUCUGAGAGCUUGGCUUUGUGUAAUUUUGCUGUGUGUUUAGUGUUUGAAAUGAAUACACUGUACUUCAUGGUAGGAUUAUUUGUUUUCCCAAAGUAUAUCAAGAAAAAAUAUUUUAGGAAUGUAAAGGAUUUUGGUCAAUGAAUGCUUAUGAUAGCGGAGUAGUUAUGACAUCAGACAUAACUGUUCUCACAUCCUUUAUAUCAGGAAAUUGCUUCAAGGAAACUAUGGUGAAAUGCAACGCUUGACCGUAAAGAGCUCAAAUAGACCAGUAAUGAGUGUGCUUGGAUAAAACAAUGAGAUCUAUCUACUGUGUCAUUAUGCAAACUUGUGUUUUUCUUUUACUUUUUUGUCUGUAAUUAUAUCAUUUUGAAUUUUUGCACUCUAUUGUUUUUGUCUACCUUAUUGUUUUAUGAUGGUAAAUUACAAGAAAGAACUAUGACUUAUUUGUCAUCUAAGGUUUUUUUUUGUUUGUUUGUUUUUGCCUAAUUUUCAAUGAAAACAUGAUUGAUUGAAACUGUGCUGUUUGCUUGAAACCUGAAUUCAAUACAAAAAAUACUAGAAUAUU